GUGGAGCUACCAACACACACAGUCAUUAGCAGAUGACCCUUUUGUAACAAACCAUGCUUUAAAAUGUAAACUGAGGGGGCAUUUUCCUUGAGUUGUCCAGAAGGAACUUUCUCCUGCCUGAGCCUGGAUUAAUCAUGAGAGAGCUUAUCAACAUUCCACUGAUUCACAUUCUUACCUUGGUUGCCUUCAGCGGGACUGAGAAACUUCCAAAAGCUCCUGUCAUCACCACUCCUCUUGAAACAGUGGAUGCCUUAGUUGAAGAAGUGGCUACUUUCAUGUGUGCAGUGGAAUCCUAUCCCCAGCCUGAAAUUUCCUGGACUAGAAAUAAAAUUCUCAUUAAGCUCUUUGAUACCCGGUACAGCAUCCGGGAGAAUGGGCAGCUCCUCACCAUCCUGAGUGUGGAGGACAGCGACGAUGGCAUUUACUGCUGCAUAGCCAACAAUGGCGUAGGAGGAGCUGCUGAGAGUUGUGGGGCUCUGCAAGUGAAGAUGAAACCUAAAAUAACUCGUCCUCCCAUAAAUGUAAAAAUAAUAGAAGGAUUAAAAGCAGUUCUACCAUGUACUACAAUGGGCAAUCCCAAACCAUCUGUGUCAUGGAUUAAGGGAGAUAGCACUCUCAGGGAAAAUUCCCGCAUUGCAGUUCUUGAAUCUGGGAGUUUAAGGAUUCAUAAUGUGCAAAAGGAAGAUGCAGGACAUUAUCGAUGUGUGGCAAAAAACAGCCUUGGGACGGCAUAUUCCAAAUUGGUGAAGCUGGAAGUUGAGGUUUUUGCCAGAAUCCUACGGGCUCCUGAAUCCCACAAUGUCACCUUUGGCUCCUUUGUGACUCUGCGCUGUACAGCAACAGGCAUCCCUGUCCCCAUCAUCACCUGGAUUGAAAACGGAAAUGCUGUUUCUUCUGGGUCCAUUCAAGAAAGUGUGAAAGACCGAGUGAUUGACUCAAGACUGCAGCUGUUUAUCACCAAGCCAGGACUCUACACAUGCAUAGCUACUAAUAAGCAUGGAGAGAAAUUCAGUACUGCAAAGGCCGCAGCCACUAUCAGUAUAGCAGAAUGGAGCAAACCACAGAAAGAUAACAAAGGCUACUGUGGCCAGUACAGAGGGGAGGUGUGCAAUGCUGUCCUGGCAAAAGAUGCUCUUGUUUUCUUCAACAACUCCUACGCAGACCCUGAGGAGGCCCAAGAACUACUGGUCUACACCGCCUGGAAUGAACUGAAAGCAGCGAGCCCACUCUGCAGGCCGGCUGCUGAGGCUUUGCUCUGUAACCACGUCUUCCAAGAAUGCAACCCUGGAGUAGUACCUACUCCUAUACCCAUCUGCAGAGAGUAUUGCCUGGCAGUAAAGGAACUCUUCUGUGCAAAAGAGUGGCUGGCAAUGGAAGAAAAGAACCACAGAAGACCCCACAGAUCUGGGACACAUCUGUCCUCCAUGCCAGAAUGCAGCAAGCUCCCCAGCAUGCACUGGGACCCCGUGGCCUGUUCCAGACUGCCGUAUUUAGAUUAUAAAAAAGAAAACCUAACAACAUUCCCACCAGUGACGUCCUCAAAGCCAAGUGUGGACAUUCCAAAUUUGCCUUCCUCCUCCUCCUCCUCCUUCUCUGUCUCACCUACAUACUCCAUGACUGUGAUAAUCUCCAUCAUGUCCAGCUUUGCAGUAUUUGUGCUUCUUACCAUAACUACUCUUUAUUGCUGCCGAAGACGGAAACAGUGGAAAAAUAAAAAAAGAGAAUCAGCAGCAGUAACCCUCACUACUCUUCCUUCUGAGCUCUUGCUAGACAGACUUCAUCCCAAUCCCAUGUACCAGAGGAUGCCACUCCUUCUGAAUCCCAAAUUGCUCAGCCUGGAGUAUCCAAGGAAUAACAUUGAAUAUGUGAGAGAUAUCGGUGAGGGAGCGUUCGGAAGGGUCUUUCAAGCAAGGGCUCCAGGCUUACUUCCCUCUGAACCUUUCACUAUGGUGGCAGUGAAGAUGCUCAAAGAAGAAGCUUCAGCAGACAUGCAAGCAGACUUUCAGAGGGAGGCAGCCCUCAUGGCAGAAUUUGAUAAUCCUAACAUUGUGAAACUCUUAGGGGUGUGUGCUGUGGGGAAACCCAUGUGCCUGCUCUUUGAGUACAUGGCCUAUGGCGACCUCAACGAGUUUCUUCGCAGCAUGUCUCCUCACACUGUGUGCAGCCUCAGCCACAGCGACUUGUCCACGAGGGCUCAGGUGUCCAGCCCUGGACCCCCACCCCUCUCCUGUGCUGAGCAGCUCUGCAUCGCCAGGCAGGUAGCAGCUGGCAUGGCUUACCUCUCAGAGCGCAAGUUUGUCCACCGGGAUUUAGCCACCAGGAACUGCCUGGUGGGUGAGAACAUGGUGGUGAAAAUUGCCGACUUUGGCCUCUCUAGGAACAUCUACUCAGCGGAUUACUACAAAGCUAAUGAAAAUGAUGCUAUCCCUAUUCGCUGGAUGCCUCCUGAGUCCAUUUUCUAUAACCGCUACACCACAGAGUCCGACGUAUGGGCCUACGGUGUGCUCCUGUGGGAGAUCUUCUCCUAUGGCCUGCAGCCCUACUAUGGGAUGGCCCAUGAGGAGGUCAUUUACUACGUGCGAGAUGGCAACAUCCUCUCCUGCCCUGAGAAUUGCCCCCUAGAGCUGUACAAUCUGAUGCGGCUCUGUUGGAGCCAGCUGCCUGCGGACAGACCCAGCUUCGCCAGUAUUCACCGAAUUCUGGAACGUAUGUGUGAGAGGGCAGAGGGAACUGUGAGUGUCUAAGGUCGAGGA